CUCUACAGGUGUGUGCAUACGCGGGAAUCAUUUUCCAUACAAUUCCAAGUACUCUUUCCUGUUUUUUUCCGUUCGUUUUUUGAAAUAUUUGGAAUACUACCAAAUUUUGUGCUUUUAUUUAAAAUUAACAUGGUUUCCUGCAAUUCUUUAAGCUUGGCCUUAGGUUUGAUCCUCACAAUUUGCAUGAUGACAUUGACACAUUCUUCUGAUGCCGAUGCAUCAUCGUUAAGCUUAAAUGCAUUAAAUGAAGAUAAACGUACAUUUUUCGUUGGAAGCCGUUACGGAAGAUCUCCACAAUACCACGAAUCGAAAACAAGAAGGUUUAGCAUUGCACCCAGAAGUGAUCGAUUCUUUUUGGGCUCAAGAUAUGGAAAGAGAUCGGAUGAACUGGCACAACCUGCUUUCGAACAAACAUCUUUAGACAAAUCAAAAACUCCAUUCAUGAUGUCCUGUAUUUAUACAGGAAUCAAAAACUUUUACAGAUGUAGUAAUUCGGAUGAAAUCAACGAUGUCAUUAAUCAGCUUUCUGCUGAAGAAAACCAAACCACAAACUAAAUACCUACUUACAAUUAAAACAAAGCUAUAACAAUUAAAAACAUUUAAUCUAUCGCUGUUGUUGUAAAUGUGACAAAAUUAAAUUUUACAUGGCUGGGUAAACUUUAAUUUUGAUAACAUUACACUUGUAACAUAUACCUAAUAUAAUCAUAAUUUUCAAUA